UGUUAUGACGCAGAGACGAGGGUUUCAGCCAAUCAGAGUGCGGGGAUUGCUUGGAACGUUUGCUAUGUGUCAAUUAUCUUAUUUCAAUGUUCGAGGGCAGGCAAAGUAUGUGAGCUAUAAUUUUGCACAUUCGAACACAAAAGUCUUCUUUGCCUGACUCAAUUCCCUCUAAUUUGACUCAUUUUGUAGGAAGCAGCUGGAGAUUUCAGGAUAGAGUCGUACGCUGGAGAAUAACUAUGAUCCAUUGUUGAGUUAAAACCAUUCAAGUGCACAAAAGUUGUUGUUUUCUCUGGCAAUGUGUCUGAUUUUGCCCGUAAAGAUUGAAAUAAGUUCACGACGUUGUGGUUAGGAAUCCCAACCAUUUUUCAAGCGGUUUCUCACCUAAUAAACUGAACUGGCGUCCAUCGAGUUUCUGCCGGUAAGAUCGCAUCGAUUUGGAAUGAAAAUCGAAGAUUUUGCUUCGAAAAUUAUUCACAAGAGCUGUUGAUAUCUUGUUCGGGCAGAAAUUGUCCCCAACAUUCUUACUUCGAAGUUGGAAUCGCGGCUACAAUGGCAUUUAUUCUCACCGGCUUUAGUCGAAAAUACGGAACAGACUUCUAGGCCGAUCAUUCGGAAGGAAGCAAGGGAUCAAAGCGAAUAUUAAGCCUUAAUUUUUAGGCUGUUAUUUCAUUGUCUGUCGUGUUGUGCUACGAUUUCUCUGGUCUCUGACACAUCACAAGAAAAUGGCAGAAGAUGAUGUUAAGAAAAGGCCACCAACAUUGGUUAUGAACAGCCAGCAGAUGCUGCGUGAAAUUCGAGAGAGUUUAAUACAUUUAAAACGGCAACCACAAGAUUCCAAGAAUGSUAUUCCAGCUACUGACGUCCGUACUACUGGUGCUCCAACAUCGGACAACGCUGUUUCUCCGGGAAUGCCAAACUCAAGAUAUCCUCUACAGAAUCGUAGAUUUAGUGGAAGUGGACACGCUGAAACUCUUGCUAAAAUACGAAGCAGUUUAGAACCGUAUGCGGCUUCUGAAUCUGGAUAUUCAUCGUGUUCAGAGUCGACUGUUUCAUAUUCGGACGGUAUAAGUAGACAAUUCCUAAAGCAACUGGUCGCGAUUGGCUACGAUGAGGAUAGUGCYGCUUUCGCACUGAGAGAGACUUCAAGUCAAAGUGUUGAGUCAGCGAUAGACAUUCUUACAAACAUGGGAAGCCAUGCUCAAACCAAGGAUCACCUGGCAUCCCAUGCCUCUCCUGUUGGUACAUUGUACCCUCAGGCCAAAAUGAAAUCGCCGCCACCUUAUAAUGCGAUCCAUAGGAAUUCAUGGAUAGGAUCGCAAGAGGCACUUAAUAUACCCAAGAGACCAGAGUCACCUUUAACACGAGAACAUUUCUCUGGAAAUUUAACAACUCCUCGUACAUCUUCGCCUGUAACUACUUCAUUGGAAGUGCCAUGCGUGAAGUGGGAGGUGUCUAAGAAAGAUAGCCCAGGGAUGCAGCAACGGUACUCCAGUGUGCCRCAGUCUUUAGCAACGUCUAGUCAAGGUAGACAAUCAGGAGUGAAUCCUAGAAUGUUAAUGGGAUGGAAACCAGCACCCCCUCAAAAUCAACCACCAGUCUCUCAAUACGCACCUCAACAAGGACUCCCACCCCAAAAUCUCCCCCCUCAUUCGCAUGCGGGAUCAGCACUGCCCCAACCUCAAUUCCAAGUAACAGCACAAGUUAACUUGAGCACCAGUACAAAUAGAAAUGAAGUAUAUCCACCAAGUAAGACCUACGCUUCUUCUGCAGGAGGAAACAGAAACACAGCCAGUCCCAUGUCCUUCCAUGUUCAAGUUCACGCCAAUGUUCCUUCACCGCCGUCUGGUAAUCCACCCCCUCAAAUGUCGCCUCAGACCUUGCGAAACCUACAGACAAGACGGGCACAUAAUAGCCAUGGAAGCCGCGAAGGCUCAGGUGAUUCUCAGACACACCAGUGCCGACAUUCACCAGUGUUCAAAACCCAUAAUCAAUGUGUGCCGCAAAUUGGCUUGCCACUGCAAGCUGARAACAAUAUUCCAUACUUUGUACAGUCAUUUGAUCCUAAAUCGCAGCCACCGCCUUAUGCUCCUGUUGCUCAGCGACCAUCAUCCGGGACUUCAGGGAUUGGUUCUGACACCGCCUCAACUCUUGGUUGCUCAUCAUUAUCUAGUGUAUCAAGUCAAUCCUAUUUAUCGUCACCAAAAAAUAAUGAAAACUGGCGACAUUCCUGGAACACUGAGGCGUCUUCAAAUUCUUCAAUGAGCGACGAGCAACCUUAUGCUAGCACUGUUUAUGACUCUGGUCCCCCUUCUCCUUUUUCRGAUUCCUCGUACAGUGCUAUGGAGACUCCCAUGGUUGCCACGACAAUACAGAACAUGGGAGGAGCUGUAAUCAAUUAUAAUUUUGAUACGUUUAAAGUAAGGACGGAUGAAAGGAUGCAUAGUUAUCAGGAAUCUAUGGACCUAGAUGAUGAUUAUGCAAGUUUUUUUUCGUCAGAGGAAAAUUCUGUUCAAUCUUCGAGAGAAAAGUUAGAGGCUUGUAAAGGAAAAAUCAAAAAUUAUACCCCAGAGGCAUUCAAGUUCUUCAUGGAGCAACAUGUUGAGAAUGUCAUGAAAUCACGUGAGGAGAGAGCUCAAAGACGAGCCCAGCUUGAGGCCGAGAUGGCAAAAGUUGGACUAUCAGAGGAAGCUCAGUCACAAAUGCGAGAGAUCCUCAAGCAAAAGGAAACAAAYUACAUAAGAUUAAAACGGACAAAAAUGGGAAUUAAUAUGUUUGAGAAACUUAAGAUGAUUGGUAUUGGGGCAUUUGGAGAAGUGUGGCUAGUGCGGAAAAAAGACACUMCGAUGCUAUUUGCGAUGAAGAUUCUACGGAAAACUGACGUGUUGAGAAGAAACCAAGCAGCUCAUGUCAAAGCUGAAAGAGACAUUCUAGCAGAAGCUGAUAAUGAGUGGUUUGUUAAGUUAUAUUAUUCGUUCCAGGACCAGGAGUUUCUGUACUUCGUAAUGGACUACAUCCCAGGGGGUGACCUAAUGAGUCUUUUAAUCAAGUUCGGCAUAUUCCCUGAGGAUUAUGCCAGAUUUUAUAUAGCAGAAUUAGUAUUGGCUAUCCAGUCUGUACAUAAGAUGGGAUUCGGGCACAGAGACAUUAAACCRGACAAUAUCUUAAUCGACAAAGACGGUCAUAUCAAAUUGACAGAUUUUGGACUUUGUACCGGGUUUCGAUGGACCCACGACUCCAAGUACUACCAAAAAGCCCAGCAUGCAAGGCAAGACAGUGUCGAACCGGACGAACGUGAAUGGGAGGCAAUCAAAGCACACUGUCGAUGYGGAGAUAUUUGUGUAGAUAAACCGUACAAUGAAAUGAAGCCUCUAGAACGAAGGCACUUCCGAAAGCACAUGCGUUGCCAGGCGCAUUCCCUGGUCGGCACACCUAACUACAUUGCACCUGAAGUGCUGUCGCGUWCAGGGUAUACCAAGGACUGUGAUUGGUGGUCAGUUGGAGUCAUACUCUAUGAAAUGUUGGUGGGACAGCCGCCGUUCUUAGCCCCUACACCUGCUGAGACACAACUUAAGGUCAUCAACUGGGAGAGAAACCUCCACAUUCCUAGACAAGCAGGACUGUCACCUGAAGCAGAAGACCUUAUUUUCCGACUGUGUACAAGUGCAGAGAGAAGGCUAGGAUCAGGAGGAGCCUAUGAGAUUAAAGACCACCCCUUCUUUGCGUGCGUCGACUGGGACUACCUCUCUAAACGAGUCCAGGCACCUUACAUACCCCCAAUUAGAUACCCGACAGACACAUCAAACUUUGACCCUGUGGACCCAGAACGGGUGCGAGACAGCGGAGGGGAAGUCAGCCCUGACUUGCUUGUCCCAGACAAGAGUAACAGGAGAUCRGAACAUGCGUUCUUUGAGUUUACAUUCAGGAGGUUUUUCGAUGAUGCUGGACAUUCAAAUACUUUUACCUGGCAUCCUUCAGAGGACACUAGUGAAGAGAGUGAUAAAGCCCCAGUUUAUGUAUAGUAAAUCGAUGUGCAGUGAAUCACAAAGUCUAGGUCAUAAAGUUCUCUCUUGUUGCCACAUGAAAAAAAUAGCUGUCACUGAUUGGAAAUAGGUCAUUCCAAGAGCAAAAAGGCUCAAAUAAAAGCAAAAUUCGAGAAUUUGUAUCCUGGCUUCAAGAUUUGCCAGUAGCAUUAAAUGCUUUGUUGACCCCUAAAUUUUUUUAAAUUUUUUUACACAGACUUUUUAUCUACCCUCAUCUUGGAUUGACCUAAUUCUACAAUAUGAAUCCUCCAUUAAAAGUGGAAGAGAGAGAAACAACAAUAAGGAAAAUAUUUUGAAAUUAUACCCUAAAAAUCAAGAAAUUUCUCUAACUCUUUCAAAAUAUUAGAAUUUGCUUGACAUUACUAUUUUAUAUGUUCUCUCUAAUUUAUAUUAUGAACCAGUUUCUGCUCCUUGUCAACAAUCUUCAUUCGUUUUUCUCUUCAUUUUAAAAGUUUGUCAAAGCUCAACAUUUUUUWAAAUAUGAAGUUCACAAGAAAACAAAAUUCAAAGGUCAAUAYUCAUAUUAAAACAUAAAAUUGUAGUAAAAUAUAGAGUGAACAGAAAAUSCAUUUAUAGUUAUUUAGUUUCAUUUCAGGAAUUUCUUGAUAAAGCUCCUCGUUUUUUUACAAAGAAAUGUCAAAGUAAUUCAUAUUAACUUAUACUUUUAGAACCGCACUAGUUUUGUAUCAAAUUUUGUUGGUAACACAUAAAUCCAAGAAUUACUUUUUUCUAUACAUAAGAUUGUGUAUAAAUUUUAGAAUGCUUAAUAACAUUKUUUAUAGAUUUGAAGAAAUAGCUAUAAUGACAAUUUUUAUUGUAUAUGAAAAAACAGAGAAAGGAAAGUACUCUAUUGAGUUUAUCGGCAUUUUGGCUAAAGGACAGUUACACAAAGAUAUUAUUUUUGUCAUAGUAAUAUUGUAAAUAAAAUCCAAGGAUAUUCAAGUUAAUGUAGUUGAAAUAAGUCCAUGAAGGACUGCAGUUGUUGUAGGUAAUAUUUUUACAAGUACUUKCAAGAGAAUGUAAAAUAAAACAAUCUAUUACUUAUGAA